GAUUGCCAGAUAUAAAUCAUUUAAGGAUUUUCAAAAAAGAAUAAUGGUCGCCACAGAUGUUUUUGGACGAGGAAUUGACAUUGAACGUGUUAAUAUAGUCGUUAAUUAUGAUAUGCCUGAUGGUCCUGAUAGUUAUUUGCAUAGAGUUGGUCGUGCAGGACGGUUUGGUACUAAGGGAAUUGCAAUCACUUUUGUAGCCGAUCAAGACGACGCAGACAUUUUAUUCAAAGUACAGGAAAGGUUUGAAGUAAACAUUACUGAAAUGCCAGCCGAAGUCGAAGUAAACGAUUACA